GGAGAUAUCCCACGUUGCUUUGACGUCUCCUUCCUUUGAGAUCACAGUCAGCCAUGUCGUGGCCAGAAGAUCCCAUUGGUGAAGAUGAACUCGUUGGCCAGCUCUCCCUCGAAGCCUUCGAGUACCUCUCAUCCAAGAAACUGACCGAGGAGGCUGAAAACCCUGAACAGCGAGUCAUUGACCCCAGCCGCGCGGCCGAGCUCGCGCGUCAGGUGUGCGAAAAGGUCAUGGGCGAGAGCGUGGAGAGCAUGAAGGGCGGCACCAUGGGCGGUGUCCAGCUGUUUGAUACUCGCAAAGUCACCAACGUUGUCAAGGCUGCGGCCGAAGAGGCCUGGAGCUCCAAUGACAACCAAGUUUCGGCGGCUGACGCUCCGGGUCGUCGCUACAACAUUGACAUCUUUACCUCGCGCGGUCGACGACACACGAUGGAGGACCGUCACUUGGCCAUUGAAGACCUUAACGCGCUGCUUGGCAUCAAGGCAAGUUGGCCUGCAGUCAACGACAUGCCUCCCCAGAGCUGGUUUGCCGUGAUGGACGGACAUGGUGGUGUGGAAGCAGCCAAGUUUGCACAGGCCCAGUUGCACAAGGUGAUUGCCGAGCAACCGACCUUCAAGGAUGACCCCGUCAAGGCCCUCCAUGACGGCUUUCUGGCCUGUGACAAGAUGUUUCUCAAAAAGUCGGAGCGCGACGCUUUGACCUGCGGCGCCACUGCGGUGACGGUCUUGGUCCGCGGUCGCAAGCUCUAUGUUGCCUGGCUCGGUGAUUCCCAGGUAGCCAUGUGCCGUAACGGCGAGAUGGUUACCCUCAUGAACCCACACAAGCCCGAGCGUGAGGAUGAGAAACAGCGGAUUGCGGACAAUGAGGGUGUCGUCGUCUGGUAUGGCGCGUGGCGCGUCAACGGCGUCCUCUCUGUAUCGAGGGCCAUUGGCGACCGCAAGCUAAAGCAGUGGGUCAUUGGAAAGCCAGACAUUGCCGAGUUUGACAUCACCGAUGAUUGCGAGUACCUCAUCGCCGGCUGUGAUGGUUUGUGGGAUGUCAUGAACACUGAGACGGUGCGUCUUUGCCUUUGA